GUCUGAUUUGAGGCGACAGCGCUCUUGAAAAAGAUAAAACUUAUUUUUGAAGGCUUCUAAAAUUCAUUUUAAAAGUUGCCUCAGGUUUAGGCGGCGUGUCGUGACGUCAUUCCCACGCGCCAGAAAGGGGAGAGGAUAAAUACAAAACCAACCCCACCCCCUGAAUCAGGCGACCGCGCUUGCUCGCGAAUCACUUCUGUGUGGGCGGAUUUGCGCGUGAGGCGGAGUCUGGCAAGAAAGACAAGACCGCUGAAUAUGAAGGCUCGGCGGGCGCUGCAUUUCGUGUUCAAAGUGGGCGACCGAGCCGAGACCGCGCGCUUCUACCGGGAUGUACUGGGCAUGCGCGUUCUAAGGCAUGAAGAAUUUGAAGAAGGCUGCAAGGCCACUUGUAACGGCCCCUAUGACGGCAAGUGGAGUAAAACGAUGGUGGGCUACGGCCCAGAAGACAACCACUUCGUCGCGGAGCUAACCUACAAUUACGGAAUUGGAGAUUACCGCCUCGGCAACGAUUUCCUGGGGAUGACUAUUGUGUCCAGCCAGGCUGUGAGCAAUGCCAAAAAGCUGCAGUGGCCGCUCAAAGAGAUCUCAGCAGGCGUCUACGAAACAGAAGCCCCAGGAGGCUACAAGUUCUGCCUGGAAGACAAAACGUCAUCAAAGGAAGAUCCUGUGCUGAAGGUUACUUUGGCCGUGUCCAGCCUGCAGAAAUCUGUGGAAUACUGGUCCAAGUUCCUGGGCAUGAAGCUGUACGAGAAGGACGAAGACAAACAGAAGGCUCUGCUCGGCUAUGGAGAUAACCAGUGUAAGCUGGAGUUGCAGGGCAUCGGCCAAGCCGUGGACCACGGGGCAGCCUUUGGGAGGAUCGCCUUCUCCUGCCCCAAGGAAGAGUUGCCCGGCAUCGAAGCCUUGAUGAAGAAGGAAGGCCAGAAGAUCUUGACCCCCCUCGUGAGCCUGGACACGCCUGGGAAAGCGACGGUUCAAGUGGUCAUCCUGGCGGAUCCCGACGGCCACGAAAUCUGCUUCGUCGGGGACGAGGCCUUCAGAGAACUUUCAAAGGUGGACCCAAACGGUGGGAAACUCUUAGACGAGGCAAUGGCGGCCGACAAGAGCCACGAAUGGUUUGCCAAACGUAACACCCCAAAGCCUUCCGCUUAGGUGGGGAAUCGUCUGGUUGGCUGCGUCUUUUGUGGGGACCUGGGAAAGGAGGCCGUCGGCCAUACUUUCUGCGCACGUGGAUGAGUAGUGCUGCUAUCGCUUGGAACUCCUCUUUUAAUUAAAUUAAUUAUGGUUUCCUUC